CACUCAAUGGACGCUCUAAUACUGAAUUCAGUAGUGUUGUUGGUUAUUCGUCUGUAUCGUUGAUCAGUAUUUCCGCGUUAAAGUUGUGAAAUUUGUUUUGUUUUUAGGUUAUUGGCUAUUUAUACAUGUUAUAUAUUUAUACAGGUUAUUCAGUUAAUGAAAUAAUAUUCCUCAUCAUUGUGUCGCAGAACUACUUCAACAAGCUACAAUGAUAAUCUGUUCAGCUACAGGUUGUCCUUCUAGCCAAACUAUAAAGAUUGACGGCAGGCCAAUCUCGUUUUAUCCUUUCCCAGAAGAUGAUCUUAGGAAGAAUCAGUGGAUUCACAAUUGUAACCUAGCUUCCGGUGUUAAUGAUAAUGAACCAAUGCAUCUCUGUGAGCUACAUUUUGAAAGAAUCAACUUUACUGCAUCCAGGGACUUAAAGUCAAGUGCUGUUCCCACUUUGUUUGGUAGAAUAAAAGAACCUUCGAGAAAACAUAAGGCAGAUAGUGCAUCACAAAUACUAUUGCCAAAAAUACUACCAAAGCAGAAAAAAUUAGAUGAACAAUCAUAUGUUACAGCAAUGUCAUCUGAAAAUACAUCCUUGCAACACAUGACUGAAAAUUCAGUUAGUAACAAUAAAGCUGAUAUGUCAAAUAACAAUGUGACAGCUGUGAAUGGUUCUGCCGCAUCGACUACCACAGGUGAAAACUGCGAGAAAAAUAAGGAAAUAUAUCGCUUGACAAUACAGAUUGAUAAAAUACGAGGUAAACCAGGCCCACGGUGUAAAAAGCUAGUUCCACCUUUAUUGAAGUCAAAUGAUAUGAAAGACUUCUCGACGGGCAAUGAGAAGGAGAAAAUUCAGUUAUUACAGAGCCCUACAAAGAAGGCCUGUGCGCUAGGUAGCUGCAAACUAAGAAAAUGUGUAUGCAAUUCAAAGCUGGCGUUUCAAUGCGAGAUAUGCAAUAAGUAUUACGUCACGAAGAAAGAAGUGAGCCCAGAUGACGUGGAUAAUUUUAUACAUCACUCGAAUUCUCUUGGCUUGCAAUGCUUAUCAAAUGUAUACCAAGAAGCCAAGAAGCAUUUUCUUUGCGAUAUAUGCCAGACAGAGAGCAAUACUCAGUUGAUGUACGAUAAGCACGUGAGGUGCCACGUUAGUACUGAUCCCUCGUAUCCAUACAAAUGUCAUCUAUGUGCGAGGAUAUUUGAGCUGAAAGAAGAUGUUAAGCAGCACUAUUUAAACGAUCAUCCCAGAUUGAAGAUACUGAACACCUUACGUCAAAUCACCUCGUCUACGAAAGUAACCGCUCAACAGAACGAUCACUUGUGUCCGAGUUGUAAUGUUUCUUUCAGCAAUGAACAAGCUUAUAGGAAUCAUAUGUACUCCCAUAAAAAGAAAGAAAGUUUGAGAGCUAACAUCAAAGAGACCAACAACAUUAUUCCGGUGCCAAAUCCUCUAACCGGUCAAAUAGGCAUCCUACAGCCAGUAAAGUUUAGCUGUAACGUAUGCUUCAAAGAAUUUGAUAAUGUCGGAGAAGUUGAUAUACAUACGAGGACUCACUUGAAGCAAAACCUGUCCCGCGCAUACCCCUGUCCAAUCUGCUCGAAGGCCUUUAUCAAUAAGACUACUUUGAAAAUUCAUCAAAAGACGCACGGUGAAACAUAAGCAUUGUACUGCUGUGUUCACAUUUUGACACACUACUACUACUCUAAUACGCAAAUAUAUUAUUUUUCAAAAGACUCUCAUACAUGAAAUAAACAAAUCAUGCAGUGGAAUUUUAUUCAUACUUGUGUCUGGCUGGCACAAUCGAUGUGUUUUAAUUACAUUCUUUUUGCAUAAUCGUACGACGUGUAUCGCUUAAAGAGUUACGUACCACUUACACUUAGCGUAGUACGUGAGGAAGUAAUAUGUUCACAGCAACUGCUGAAUAUGUUCACAGAAAAUAUUGUCGAGUAUAUUUGUCAAGUAAAAUUGCGUUUGAUUUGUAUAUGUUUUGUAUAAUUCGCCUCUUGUGGCUUCUCUUCCUUAUGUAAUUGUGACAAUGGAAUAUUUGUGGGAAGGAAUAUAUUGACACGAAUAAAUUUCUGUAAAUAUCGAAUUGAUACGUUA